UCACGACACACAUGGGCGUGUUUACGACACACCUGUAAGCUAACGUUAACCUGCGCUCAUUCGGAGAGUGCCGCGGGAUCCUUCACUGCGUUUAUUCUCCUUCAAAUACACAAAUUGGACAAGAAGAUAACUUGGAAGGUACACUUGGACGCUAACUAAAAAGCGCUAUGCCGUACAUGUAGAGCAUUGUGUCGCAAACGAGACGCCCAGGUAAGAAGAUGAAGAUACAACUCCUGCUGCCCCUGACCAUCGCUGUGACUGUCGUGUUGGUGGUGGUCAUCAAAACUCGCAGAAGUGAGCACGACAAAGAGUACAUAGAGAAUCGGUUCAAGCGCAUCAAGGUGAAGGUGACUCACAGCUUGCUGGCAGGAUACCAGGAAGAGAAAAUGUCCAUUGAGAACCAAGUACAGGAAAGAAACCAGGAAGAGACGUCGUUGAAGGAGGCAGCUGAGUCAGCAGAAGGGAAAUCACAGAAGGCAAAGGCAGACGUGGAACCAUGCCAAGGAGCUGUGAAAACACUAAAUGAUGAGGCGACAGCACUACAGACAGAAUUCAGUAAUCUGCAAGGUGAGAACAGCAAAGAGAAGGCCGCAUGGACUGCUCAACUGGAAUCACUGAAAAAACAGCUAGAGAGUCCGAGUGCCAUCUGUGCUUUUUUGAAGAAAGGGAUGGAAUCUGCAAGCAAGUUGUGUAGCAGUGAAGGGGUUGUGGAGGCUCCUAAACCAGAGGAAACAAAAUCAGAAAAGGCAAAAGCAGAGGAGUCAAAACCAGAAGAGGAAAAAGUAGAGGAUUUAAAACCAGAAGAGGCGAAAGCAGAGGAGUCAAAACCAGAAGAAGCGAAAGCAGAGGAGUCAAAACCAGAAGAAGCGAAAGCAGAGGAGUCAAAACCAGAAGAAGCAAAAGCAGAGGAGUCAAAACCAGAAGAAAAUAAGGUGGUGGCUUCUUAACAGGAAGAACAACAAUGUAUUGGUCAUACACAAAAGGAACCCAAUAUGCCCAAAGAAUGUCACACCUUAAAAUAACACCUCAUGUAUUUUCAUGUGGUGCCUCCACUGACAUUACCACAGUGAAUAUUCAAUCUCCACAUGUUACUUAUUCUUGUGAGAUCAAUAUCAUGGUUGGGUAUAGAUACUUCAAUACCAAAUACAGUGCCUGUUUCAGUCUUGUAUAUAUUUUUGAAACGAAGUAAUGGUCAAAAUAAAUUAGGCUUUUUUGACAAAAAAGUUGUUAAAAAAAAAAGCUGAUUUUUACAAACUGGUGUCAGUUAAUAUAUAUUAUUUAAAGUGCAUCACAGGGAGCAUUUUUGGCCCAGCUCAAGUUUUUUAUUGGCCCUCACUUAUGAUUAGUGAGGUGUCAGAUAUCACAAACUUCUAUUUGCUUUGUCACCUAUAACAAAAAAACAAGAUUAAAAAAAAUAAAUAAUUUAGCAUAUACUGAUUACAUUACAUUACAUUAAAUUGGGUUGAGCAUUUUUAUUGCACAAAAUGUAUCUAAGUGUCCUGGCAUUCUUUCAUUUUUCAGUAUGCGACCCCAAGUGAAAACAUUUUGGACAACCCUGAUGUAAAAAGUAAGUGUCCGCAUAAAUGUUCACCCUCUUUAAACAGGCUGAUUAGUGUUAGUUUGUCUAAUGGAGAUCACCUAUUUUUGUUAUAAAUGAAAUGCACAAAAUAAUUUGUUUUUUUUGUUGUUGUACACAUUCAGUAUAUAAACUAAUUAUACACACUUUUUGUUAAUCUGAUUUUUAUUUUUUAAAUUCAAUGUUUUUUCUUUUUCUUUAAAUAAAACAAAAUCGGAGAAAUUAGGUAGGGAUCAUUUGUUUGUGGACACAAAGUGCACUACAGUAGCUUACAUCAGAUGUGUUUGGACGAUGAUACUUAUGACAAUACUUUUUAAAAUAAUAAAUGUAACCUUUUGGUCAUGUUUGACUUUGGCCCUGCUUUGCACUGCGUCUGAGUGACUGCAUUCAAAAGUGCCCUCAGGCUGACAAUUGGCCAAUCACAGGCUGUCAUUCUGCCCCAAUAGGCUGACAAGGUCAUCACAGGAGAGGACACAGAGAUGCUGGUGGUGGUCGCUUGGGUUGCUUACUGUUGUCAGACGGACUUCAUAAAGGGGGGAUAAUAUUUUAUAUUUAAAUGGUAGGUUACGAUGCCCUUUACUGCACGAGAAGGACACAGUCCUAUUUAUGUUUGUGAGAGGGCAAACACCAAAGUAAAACAUUUCAUGAAUCAGAAUAAAAACGUCAAAAUAAAAACUUGCAUUCAUCAUUUGUCUUUUACAGCAUGUGGUGACCAUUCACUGACUCAAAUGACAGGAAACAAAGCUUUAUAUUGAGUAAAAGAAAAACAAGUCAUGUAAGUAGGAAAAAAACGUAGAUACAUAUUAAGACAGUGUGUUGAGACACGUCAGUGUUAAGAUAUGUUUUUUUCGUUACGGUUAUGCAUCAUCAGUAAAAACAAGUUUAACAUGUACUACUACAUUCACAAGUAAAGUGUGCGCUUCUAUUAAUACUGUAAAAACAGCACUUUAGAAUAUGAAGUAGUAGUAGCUAGUAUAUAGUAGUAGUAGUAACAGGCACAUGCACACAUAGGGCCCUAUGGGUGCUCGAGCCCCUGCCCUUUUUUGCCUCGUCUUAAAAAGUGCCCUCUGCCUGUGUGUGUGUGUUUUUUUCUUUUUUUCCUUUAAACAACAUUAAUAAAUUCCUGUCAGAGAUGUAAAAAAAAAAAACAGCGGUACAAAAACUCCACGUUUUCUUGUAAUACCGGGUUGUUUGAGCCUGCCGCUUCCGCCAGAGAGAGAGAGAGAGUGCGAGUGAGUGAAUAAGUGAGAGGAGAGAGAGCCAACUGCCCCCUGAGACGUGACAGGGGAGCAACUUGAACCUGUGAGUUAUGGUCUAGUCGCCGUCCACUUAUUCAGCAUCUAAUAUGGGUAAUAUUUCAGAAAAACGCUGUAUUAUUCUAUUAUUCAAUGUGUCAGCUUCUGUUUUUGCCGGACGUCGGAGCACGGCGCAACAAUUGAGCACGGCACAUCAAGUCCGCACAGAGCAGAGCGGAUCGUGCGGGACAGGAAGUAGUGAACAAAAUACAAAAUAAAACACCGGGUUAAUUUUCAAAAUAAAAUGCACUGUGUUUACGGCGGAUCACAUUUUUCUCACAGUAGAGUUUUAGAUAUAAAGUUUAUUGUGACUUUGCUAUUACUGUGUGGGUUAACAAAAUAAUAAUAAUGAUAACAAGAAGAAGAAG